UUCAGAUCUGGCAACCGUGGACACAAGGGAGUGUGUUGACGGCGUGAUCUGCUGCUGGCGACGCUCCCGGAGACGUCUCCCCCAGCAGAUCUCUCUCCUGCAGCAGCACAGUGUCUCCCUGCGGCUACCACACGUGGUUUAUAUCUCUAGCUUGUGACCUCUUAAGACAGGAGACUCCCUGCCUCUACCGCAGGUGGUUUAAGCCAGAGGCUGACUUGAGGACUUUGAGGUCGCCAUGUCGAAUUGGAGGUGUGAGUCACCUUCUGAGCCGAGAGACCCUCGGAGUACCAGCGUUCUAAAAGCUGUAAGGGAUGGCAUACUGAUUCAAAGCUAUGCUGGACAGCAGGAAACUUACAGAUGUAUUGUGUGCAGUAGGUGUAUGUCAGGAGCCGUACCUGCACAAAGCCAUGUUGAAGGAUUUCCACAUGCUAAAGCUUUGCGAAGUUAUAGGAAUGGCUCGGAUCUUCUUCCCCCUGUGAGAGCACCAAAAUAUUCAUAUGAUAAUGCAGACAAUUAUUCUAACUGGUCAGACCCGGAUGGCUAUGAACUUCCUACUUCUUUUGGGCGGAAACGGAACUAUGGAUCGAUGCAGUCAUCAAAAUCUAAAUCUCGAUUUAAAGCUGACCCUGUUCAAACUGCCAUGAAGCAUGGCAUAGUAUUAGAAGAGAAAAUGGGAGGGCAGACUUUUUUGGCUUGCAACGUGUGUCAGAUUAAAUGUACAGGUGAAACUUCAAUGCAUCAGCAUCUUCAAGGAGAGCCCCACUGUAAGAAACAGAAGAGAAUGGAAAUGGACCAGGACAUUGCCGGAGGCAACAAAUCAGAUGAUAAAUCCUCCUCUUCAGCCACUGCAGUGAAGCCCAGACCCCAUAAAUAUGAUGAUGACGAUUCAUCUGCAAGCUUGUUAGACUAUGCUAUUGAGGAUGGAACAGUAAUACUAACGGAAGGGAGUACCUUGUAUUUGACUUGCACAGUUUGUCGAUCUUCUUGCAGUGGAGAAGCCCCCAUGAUACAGCACCUCCAAGGGAAUAAUCAUCAGAAAAAAUUGAGAACACCCUGGCAGAUGUGAUGUGCUUUAAUCACCCUCAGUGCACUGCUCCCAGGGAAGAGGAAGACUGCCCAUGUACCUGGUGGCAUUGCAGUGGUUGCACCAUCAUCCCUUCUCACAGGAAGACCAACAGCUUAUCUGCACGUGCUUAGGUAGGCGGGUAAAAUACAGUAAAAACAGGAUGACAAAGAUAUUGUACGAUAAACUGUGAGAGAACCAAGUAUUAACAGUACUGUAAACAUGCCCAAAUAAAAUGGUGUGCAAAAGUUACAGAAGAACUAAUAUGGGUAGCAAAAAAAUUAAAUAAAAAUCCUUUGAUUUGCUUGCCAAUUUUGACUAAAAGCAAAGCGUGCAGUGUGACAGGACAGGCAUCUGCAAUCAAGAUUUUGCUCCACCUAGAAGUUCUCCCUCAGAUCUGCGGAGUGUGUCUAGAUUAUCCUUUCCCCAGAAAGGAUUGAAAUAUAGUAAAAGUGCCUGUGUUGUUGAGUAGAAUGAUGGAUAAUUAGAGGAAUAAUUUCAGUUCAAUCUGUUAAAUAUGAAGAAAUUGUAUUCAAGCUUAUUUGCACAUUUUUGUUGUUGUAUCACUAUGUACCUUUUGUGUAUGCAUUAGAAACUACAGUAUAAAUUAAAUUUGUGCCUGCCGUUAAGUAUUUGGAUAUAUUUCUUAUGUUAAUUAAGGUUUGGAAUGUAAACUUUUGUAAAGGAUAAUGUUUUUUUAAGCAAGGCAUGAAUACAUUUUGUUUUACUAAAAGUAUCCAAUACUAAAUGUAAUUUAAAUUAGUAUCUGUACUUCCCAUAAUUAAAACAAAAAAUAUA